ACCGAGGAGAGUACAUGGUGCCGUGCGUGAAGCGACCGUGCCGGUAACGCAGGUCCGCGCAGUGUUGGUCCAUUGUCAUCGCUUUUGACGGGAAGCAGCAAGCGAUCACGAAGAAUAGAUCGCACGUACGCAAACGUAUCGAACGAUAUAAUAGCUAUAUACAUUGACGGGGGACGUGUGAACUAGUGUGCGAGGCUGUACAUCCUGAUCAGUGAGUGUAUGUAAGCACAACCGCGUGCGGGCGGUUCCCACACGUCCGUGCAACAAGUGUCAUACACACGGGAGCGCGGCGGAUAACCGAUUGUUUCGAAGAGCGGCGUGGUGCAUGGUGUUCGUUCUUUCAUCAUCGAAUAGAAAGAACGACCGGCGAGAAUGGGUUGCGCGGUGAGCACCACCGGCGAGAAAGAAGCCGCAGAAAGGUCGAAGAAGAUCGACAAGGAUCUGAGAGCUGAUGGGGAACGGGCCGCUAGUGAGGUCAAGCUCCUCCUGCUUGGAGCUGGAGAGUCUGGAAAAUCUACUAUAGUAAAACAAAUGAAAAUUAUCCAUGAAACUGGCUAUAGUAAAGAAGAGUGUGAACAAUAUAAACCUGUAGUUUGUAGUAACACAGUUCAAAGUCUUAUGACAAUAAUUAGAGCCAUGGGGCAACUUAGAAUUGAUUUUGCAGACCCUAAUAAAGCGGAUAUAGCACGUCAAUUCUUUACCCUAGCUUCAGCAGCAGAGGAGGGUGAGUUAACUGGGGAACUGGCACUAUUAAUGAAACGAUUAUGGCAGGAUGCUGGAGUACAACUUUGUUUCACGCGUAGUAGGGAAUACCAGCUCAAUGAUUCUGCAGCAUAUUAUCUUAAUGCUUUGGAUCGUAUAGCACAACCUAAUUAUAUUCCUACUCAGCAAGAUGUUCUUAGAACACGUGUGAAAACAACAGGAAUAGUAGAAACACACUUUUCUUUUAAGGGCUUACAUUUCAAAAUGUUUGAUGUGGGUGGUCAAAGAUCAGAAAGAAAAAAAUGGAUACAUUGUUUUGAAGGAGUUACUGCAAUCAUUUUUUGUGUUGCAUUAAGUGGAUAUGACUUGGUUCUGGCAGAGGAUGAAGAAAUGAAUAGAAUGAUAGAGUCAAUGAAAUUGUUUGACUCUAUUUGUAAUAGCAAGUGGUUUGUUGAAACAUCUAUCAUUUUAUUUCUGAACAAAAAAGAUCUUUUUGAGGAAAAAAUCACUAGGAGCCCAUUGACUAUUUGUUUCCCAGAAUAUAAAGGUGCCAAUACUUAUGAAGAAUGUGCUUCUUACAUUCAAAUGAAAUUUGAAAAUCUGAAUAAAAGGAAAGAUCAGAAACAAAUCUACACACAUUUUACAUGUGCUACUGACACAUCUAAUAUACAGUUUGUGUUUGAUGCUGUAACUGAUGUUAUAAUCAAAAACAAUUUGAGUAAUUGUGUUAAACAUUGCAAUGCCCUAUUAUUAAAUCAAAAAACAAGCGAAUUUACAUUUAUAAACCAAUGUGAGUGCACAAAGGAUACACAUGAGACUGAAAAUAAAUUGUUAGGAACAGAAAUGUAAUUCAGGUAUACCAUCAUAUAUACCAACUAUGUAAUGUCUUCACUUUGUCAUUUUCUGUUGGUCUUUACAAUAUUUUUAUAUAGUAUAUACUAUAAAAUAAUUUGUUAGAUCCUGUGUCUUUUGUAUGCAAAAAUUCAUGACAUUUCUUUGUAAUUGGCUAGUUCUUAAUUUAUUCUUUUAUUUUAAAUAUUCAAUUGGAAUGUUUAAAUAUUCAAUUGGAAUGUUUAAAAUUUUGAAUUAUAAUAUUCUUAAUAAGAGAACAGAUACUGUUUAUUGAUGAACAAAUAUCUGGUCUUUGCUAAUUGUGUUUAGUAUAUUAAUCAGAACUAGUUAGCUAUUAAUUUAGUAAUAUCAUUUUGUAUAUAAUUUAUUAAAAGUAAUAUGUUUAUACUGAGCGGAAACAUAUUUCCAUAACAGUGCUCGAAGCCAUUCAUUUCUCUUAUAAUAAAUUGUUGAUAUUGCAAUGACAUACACAACUUAUUGUGUUGACAGUAUAUAUUUGUACAAGUUCAAUUUGAUAAAAAAAAUUUUGAUAAAUUUGUAAAAAAAGAAAAACCUUUUUAUAUGUAUCAUUAGAUAAUGUUUAAAUGGUUGUCAUUAUUUUUCUAUCUGCCAAACAAAUAAUGUUAGAAUUAGUUACAGAUUUAGAAAACAGUCAUAUUAUAUUGCUGGAAUAAAUAAAAAACUUUUUUUAAAAAGUGAUAUUUUUUUGAAAUCCUGUGCUUCACGUUCUGAAGUGAUAUUAAUAUAAUAUUAGCAUAUAUUAAAUACAUAAUGUAUUUAAUAUAUUUAGAAAACGUGAAUCAAUUACAAAAGUUUUUCUCUCUCUCUUUUUUUACUAAAAUCAUCUCUACAUUUUCAUCAAAUACAAUGUUUAAUUAUAAAAAUGUUCAAAUUCGUGUAUUUUUAAUAGUGCUUUAAAUUUGUAAAUUUUAUAUGAUUUUUGUAAUUUAAUUCCUUUUUUUCUGAAAUUUUAUAUUUAGAAAAAAAUCAUUAUUAGAAAUAAUAAUACUCGCAUAUUAAGUACUUAUUCAGAAUCUUUAAACAUUUUUAGAAUAAUUAAGAAUAUUUUCUUCGUUGUGUAAACAUAGUAUCCCAUUUUACUUUUGUAUUUCUAUUUAAUUAAUUUGUAUCUCUAUAUUAUAUAUACAUGUACAAUAAUACAAUACAUGUGAAGUUAUAAAAUAAAUAUUUUCAUAUUUUUUUUUGUAGGGUUUAGAACUUUGA